AUGACGCAAACAAUAGGAAAACGCAAGUGGUCUAAGACCUCUAAGUCUACUCAACGAGAAUGUAAAGUAUCAACGCCAGUCGAGUCCAACGAUGAGGAGACGACAACGGUCCAGGAGUCGCCUAAAGAGACGAUGGCUAGUUCGAAAAGAGAAGAAAAUGAAACUGGCAAGCACAACGGCGAGUUUCAAACGACCGAUGGAGUAUUCAGUUUCGUCACCUACAGAAGGAGUUAUAGCCCUUUAAGGCAAAUCGACGGGAUCAAGAAGUCGCAUCACAUUUGGACCUCUAGGUACCAGAAGCGAAAGAAAGCAUCGAGAAAAGAAUUCACUGUCGAGAAAUCUGAAAGGGAUUACAGUGUGAAAUCAGAUGAUAGUUGCGCAUUGCCACCUGCUGGAGAACCAGACAAUGUUGAGCCAGAGGUGAUUGAUUUUACAAAAUCACCAUUGGAAGAGCCAUUUGAUUUCGUCAUUACAAUUCCUCUGGACGAAGGUACGCCAGUGUGA